AUGCUUUUUACUCUUGUUCUUCUUUCCGUCCGUGUGACCACAUCCGCGGCAAACCCUCAGGCUAUCGACUCAGAGCAUAUAAUGACACGUUCUCCUCAACAGGCAAAUGAUAUCUCUCGCGUCACUGAGGGCCGUCAAUGGGACGCCGUGAGUACCAUCGAUUCAGCAGUAGAGGGCUUGGCACAGGAGGGGUAUCCGGAUGCUCUCUACCUCAGUCUGUCCGAAGCCGGUAAGCACUGGUUUGAUAACACACAAAUGCCUAUCCACCCUCUGGGUUUUAGAGGACCGGUAGGAUAACAUGCAUGGCAUAGAUUUGAUAGAGCCAGAAGAUAAAAGUUAAGAGGCACCGAUGAUUAACAGCAGCGCUUCUAGUUAAAGUUGAUUAAAUAGUUAAUUUCUGCUUGUCUUUGUCGAAGUUUUGUCACAAACAAAAAUUUUAUGCUUAUUGGUAACCACAGAGAGGUUAGGAUAUAAAGCAUAGGCAGGACGUGUUGGUCUGUCUGUGAACACUUAUAUAUCUGCGUCAUUUGUGUUUAUUUUCGGCCCCAAAGUCCGGUUGGUGAUCUAAAAGUUGCCCAAAGGGGCGAGAAGCCGAGUUGCAGGAAGCAGUCGUGAAGAAAGAGCCACGACCGCUGAGAUAAGAGCUUUAUUCGCCUAAUUUUUCGGGUUCCUGCUCGAACCCAUCAUCAGAGAAAAUAGCAGAUACGGGUGAGUCGUUCACAGGGGACUGCAGUAUUUAUAGGGUGCAGUCGCCAUGCUAUCUCAUACCUAUGAGUAUUCACGGCUCCCACUCUUCAUCGGCGAUCGUAGCACUUGGUGUUCUAAUUGUUUUAUGGUCGAUAUUCGCGCCGUUAUUGGCGGCAAUUUCAUCGCUUACGUUGGGUGUUGGUGUGAUGAUUGCUCGACCAUCUGACCCGCCGAACCUGGCGCUGGGAACAGUGUUCACCUGUGUCCUUCCCGCGUGGCUAAGUACUCCGCCUAGGCGAAGUCUCAGCACCGAGUAUGGAAGUGGAGUGUCGUUAUACUUGUUAAAAGACUGAGGACCAGUAGAUCAUGACUCAAGCAGUUCCCGGCUCACGCGGUUGUCACCUCUAGCGAGAAUCUCGGCCUCGUCGGAUUUUAAUGUGUGACCGAUCUCGUCAAAUGAGCCGCAAUCUGAGAGCUGGCCCCCCGUACAUGAACCACCCCUAUCUGCAAUUGUGUCUAAUGAUAGGUUCGAGAAGGAAUCCGAAACGCCAGGCGAAUAAAGCUCUUGUCC